AGCAAACGUCAAACAAACAACUUGGAGUUUUCUUUCACUUGUGAGCGUCAAAAAUUUUGUUGUUUUGCUGUAACGAUUUCCAAAACAAAAAAAAACAUUAAUUUCAUACAAUCUUAUUAAAAUCAUGGAAGUGAAAGAGUGUAAUGAUUUGGCAGAAGAGAAUCAAUUUAUCGUGGACGAUGUCAGUAAAAUUAUCAAGGAAGCAAUAGAAAAUUCUAUCGGAGGGACUGCAUAUCAACAUAACAAAGUUAAUCAGUGGACAUCUGCAGUGGUGGAAUCAUGUUUGGGACAACUGACAAAAUUGCAGAAACCGUACAAAUACAUAGUGACAUGCACAAUAAUGCAGAAAAACGGAGCUGGAUUGCACACGGCAUCUUCAUGUUUCUGGGACAACAACACUGAUGGGUCUUGCACAGUGCGUUGGGAAAACAAAACCAUGUAUUGUAUUGUCUCUGUUUUCGGCCUUGGCAUCUAAACUUACCAAUUUUGAUUUAAGUAAACAUAAAUGACUUUACACUGUUGUUGCUUGGAAUACAACCACUAAUUAGACAACUCAUGUAUUAGACAAUAGCAUUGUAAAUUUUAAUAAAGCUGGAUAUGUUAAAAUUACUGUUACAGAAAAAAAAAUAUCAAAUAAGAUGUUGUAAUUCCAAUAAAUAUGUUAGGAUAAAAAUUUCACUGUAAAUGUUAUGGAAAGAUUGCACUUUUGUUUCAGUGAAGUGUAUUGUUUGUAAAUCAUGCUAAGUCAGUAGUCAUUCUGUGUGACGAAAAUAUACCUGCUUACCUGAGGUAUAAUAUUGGUAAAAUUAUUUGCAUGGUUUGUAAACAAUGUACAGACUUUAUAGUCAUACUUAAUUUUAAGUAAUUAGGAUAUAUUUUCGUACUCAAUAAAAUAUAUCUAAAUCUA